AACAGCUGCAGGUCCAGUAAUCAGCUAGUGUUGAAUAAUCUACACUCCUGUGUAGAAUGUGGCUUUAAUUUGAGAUUAUUAGCCAUACUGUUUAUUCAUUCACGCCUGCAAAGCUUCGCUGAAGAUUAAAUACAGCUCGAUUAUUGCCAUAUGUGUUUGAACAAGACCAAAACAUCUGACGCUCGCAGAAACAAGUCGAAUUUCUAGAAAGAAUUUAGGUAAAAGGUUAGAAAACCUAUUAAUACCAAAACGGAAUACGCCUUUUCUUUCGGCUUUAGCAGAGCUUCGAAAUUUUGGCUAAAAAUUUUAGUACUGAGACUCGAAAAUUUAAAAGGUAUUAUUCACUUUUAUAUAGAAAUAUUAUGUAUAUCAACGUGUUUUACAGUGAAAAACUGACCUUUAUAGUAGUCAGUUCAAUGAAAAUUUACCAGAAGGAGUUACUUGGCGAAAUGUUUUGUGUGGAAUCUUUAUCACUCCAUGUGUUAUUUAUACAACCCUAAGAUUACGGUUUGAUCAGAUCAACGUAAUUACGAAGGAUUUAUUGUUGACAAGUGUAAUGAACUUAGUUUUCUGUAUUUUGCUUUAGCUACUUUCACUAUACUCAACUUUCAUGUCUGAUUUGUUAUAGAUCCUUUUAAAAGAAAGUCGACAACUAUAUAAGCUUCGCUGAUUUUCCCUGUCGCUUCCGGAUAUUUUGAAUUUAAGAAUCAAGAAUGAGCAAGGAUAGAACAGUCAUCCACAAGGUGCCAGUUUAUUCAAUCGAAGGAAUACUAGGUCUCAAAGAUGAAAGCCCCACCACACGUAAUAAGUUAGCUGAAACAGUAAUUCAAAAAACUGGCUCCGCCGAGCAGAAGGAAAGUCCAUCUACAGCGUCUCCAGAAUUUACAGACAAAUUAAGCAGGAAUGGUAAGUUACUAAGUUAGUAAAACUUAUAGGUAUAUCUUACUGAACUUAUAGGUAUAUCUUACUGUUACUGUUACUGUUACUAUUACUAUUACUGUUACUGUAUACUGUACUGUUAGUCUGUUACUCUAUACUGUACUGUACUAUACUAUACUAUACUAUACUAUACUGUAAAAUGCUGUGGUUUGCUCUGUACUGGGCAUACACUAUUUCCUAUACUUGGCCAAAUUACAUUUUUUAAAAAUACCCACAAUUGAUUCCAUCCAAACAGGAAAUUGCCUCCCGCACAUAUAUAACUGAUUAAGGAACAAAUUCUGGUGUGAUCAAGCGACCUUGAUCUUAUAGUCUUAUUAUUGAACCCUGUGAAUGAACACGUUAUCACUUGCUAACAUCUUGAAUGCAAAAGAUUUUCUCAAUCAAUUUGCAAAGCAAUUAAUUUCAAAUUUAAGUCUUGCUCAUACUACGUCUUGUCUAGUUAGUAGUGGUAGUUCACCCGGUUGUGGUACAGAGAGGGUCCAAAAGGGUUAAAAUGUGGGAUUUUGACCACUGGGAAUAGGAAUUGCAUUGUAAGACAAAAUUAACAAGUUGUUGCAUAUAGGAGACCAUUUUUAAAUAAACUGUUGGUGUAGUCGGUCGAAGGAUUUGUCUUGAAGGGCUUGUCUGAUCAUAAAGAACUGGUACAAAAUAGAAAUAUACGUGACACUUAGAUGACAGUACAGUCACAUAAACCUAGAACAGGAUGGCGUCGUCCUGGUAUUCUAAAGGCCCAUUUACACGAUACGAUUAGUUGUAUACGAUUGUCAUUCUGACGAAUGAAAACGAGUGCUAAUGCCACGUUAUUGCUCAUUCGCUGAUGGCGAAAUUUGAAAUGUGACGUUUGUACGCGUGUUUAUUCGAUCACAUACGCCAGAGUAAGAAUCGUAUACAACUAAUCGUACCGUGUAAAUGGGCCUUAAGUGUGCAGCAAACGUCAAUCUGUGACUCAAAUGUUUGCAGUGACUGAAUUCAGUGAAUUGUACUGAUAUUUGGAAAAGGUUUACACUGUCACUAUCCUGGAUCAGGGAGUUUAGCUUAUCUGUAGCCUCGUCCAACCGCCAUGACUUAAAACUCGUCUGACAGCAGAAAACCUCUGCACCCAGGGUAUACUGUUACACACUUUGAUCAAAUCAUGCUUGGAGUGGUUUACGUGUUCACAGUAGUUACGUACGCAGGUAUCCCCAUGGGCAUAGCCUUGUAUGGUUUUUCCAACGCCUAGUAUUCACAAUGAGAAAUUUAGCAGAAACAGAGAAACUUUUUCUAUUUCGACAGUGCUCAUUUGAAAAUAACAAUAUAAUUGAAAUCUCAUUGAAGAAACAUUGAGCAGCAACUGCCUCUGACGCUUUGGUGUGUUUCUUUCACAGAAUCAAGUCAACUAAUACUAUUGCGAUACGCUUAUGCCUACGGCAAUGCAGCGGCCUAGCAAGUCCAUGGUCCUGGGUUCGAGGCAACAAUGAAAGCAAAGUGGCAAAACUGGCUCGUGCAUUUGAAAACCUUUAAUUUUGUAUGAUUAUUCAAUUUUUACAGACUAUAUACACGACGACAACAUACCCAGAAUAUACUCAAGGCUGAGAAAUGAAAUUUCGUAUUCUUAUAAAACUCAAAUCUUUAUACCUUAAUAUUACCAAAUAUAUUUGCCAAAACUAUUUAAUAAGCGAAGAAAAUUCUUCUUAAGAGGUUUAUAUAAAGUGUAAAAUUAGAUUUUUUUUACUUUUUCUUCUUCGAAUUUUUGUCUAACAAGAAUUAAAAACAUUUCGUUAAUCCAAUAAAUAGAGUGUGUGAACUACUCAACCUUGACAGAUGUAAAAAAAUUACCGAAUAUAAUUAUUUUAUUGCAUUAAAUUUUUAAAUCCGUUAAAUCCAUUUGGCAAUAGCAAUUUAAAUCCUUUUGAUAAAAGAAGAAUAGCGUGAAUAACUUAAUUAAAAUAAUCUCCCUCUGUGUCAAACAGUGCAUGUCUUGGCAGGAAGAGAUUACUUUACUCUCUUAAAAUUUUAUUACAUAAUUAUAUUAACCACUUAAAUUAGUGGUAUGGAGAGUUCCGACAAUUUAGCAAAACCAAAUUCAAUUACAUUCAAUUUUACGAUUUUAUGCCUGCGAACAGGAUGCAUGUUGUAGGCCCUGGGCAUGGGUAGAUGUUCCCUAGCCAUGUUUCACGAAGAUUAGCCAACCAAAAAACACUGUUUUUGCAUUAGAAACGUAGUCGGGACACAGGGGAUCUCUGAAUUUGCUGGAAAACAUACACAGGAAAACCUUGGUAGUAGACAUCGAUAUUUUGGAAUAUUUCACAACGAUGUUUAAUAGUUUGGACAGCGUUUUAUUCCAACCUCGCAAGCCAGGGUCUUUUACUUCCGCACGGCGCUACACUGAAAGCAAAAGCAGCAUAUUGCAAGAGGUAAAUCAGGGCACGUGAAAUCAGGGCCAUCCUGUUACCGGUAAAUCAGGGCCAUCCUGUUACCAACACGGCAACAGCCCUAUAUAUUAGUAGCAGCUGAAAGAAAACAAAUGGAAUAUCGAAUUAUUCGAAUAUAAUUAUCUUUUGGUUUGUGGAAAACACCAUUUGUUAGCUCAGAUUAUUAGCACUGAUGAAGAUUUGAUAUAUAUUUAUCGCCAUGCACUCUUACAUGCAAAAAGAAUACGGAUAAAUAACCGUAAACUUCCGAAUAUAAUCCCAUACCCACGGCACCGCUUAUAUUCGUCCGUAAGCAUUUUUUGAUAUGGAUGGGCUUAUACAUGGGGGGUGUGGGGGUGUAUCUUAUAUACAGGAGGGCUUAUAUACGGACGACAUUUGGUGUUAGUAAUAAUAUUCCUUGUACCUGUAAACUUGACUGUGAAUGAAAAUAAAUAUAAACAUACAGUAUAUAAUACAUAUAAUAAAAUACUAUAAUACUGAUUGUAAUGUAAUCAGUAUCGUCACUCGUCUGAGCUGUUGGAGCUUAGAAAUGAUCAGAUCAGACAGUCUGCCCAGUUUUCAUUACAUCAAGUCCAGUCCACAACCUCUCUUACAUGGACAUUAAAGGGAUGCAGCUCACACAAAGGAGGUGUCCAUAUUAGAGAUUUUAAAGCGGGAAAAUUAUAUGAGUAUUAUGUCAGGCGGAGUCUUAAUUUCCCUAACCGAGAGGUACCCGUAUUGUAGAUGUUUCAUGGGGAAGUAUUGUAGAUGUUUUAUGGGGAAGUAUUGUAGAUGUUUUAUGGGAAAGUGUUGUAGAUGUUUUAUGGGAAAGUAUUGUAGAUGUUUCAUGGGAAAGUAUUGUAGAUGUUUUAUGGGAAAGUAUUGUAGAUGUUUCAUGGGAACGUAUUGUAGAUGUUUCAUGGGAAAGUAUUGUAGAUGUUUCAUGGGAAAGUAUUGUAGAUGUUUCAUGGGAAAGUAUUGCAUAUCUUUCAUGGGAAAGUAGUAUUGUAGAUGUUUCAUGAGAAAGUAUUGUAGAUGUUUCAUGGGGAAGUAUUGUAGAUGUUUCAUGGGAAAGUAUUGUAGAUGUUUCAUGGGAAAGUAUUGUAGGUUAUAGAUGUUUCAUGGGAAAGUAUUGUAGAUGUUUUAUGGAAAAAUAUUGUAGAUGUUUCAUGGGAAGGUAUUGUAGAUGUUUCAUGGAGAAGUAUUGUAGAUGUUUCAUGGGAAAGUAUUGUAGCUAUUUCAUGGGAAAGUAUUGUAGAUGUUUCAUGGAAAGUCAACCUUCUCCUUACAGGCAGUUUAUUAUUUUCUUUACAGGCUGCCCCGAGUCAAGUGUAAAUGUUAUUAACGAAAAUCAGUUGAAACGAGAUUAUGAUGACGAUCAAGACAGUAGCGGUAUAAGUCAGAGAAAACAAAGACGAUAUCGCACAACGUUUACAAGCUAUCAAUUAGAAGAACUAGAACGAGCCUUUUCUAAGACCCAUUAUCCAGAUGUGUUUACUCGUGAAGCAUUGGCCAUGAAAAUUGAUCUCACAGAAGCUCGUGUCCAGGUAAUCAAAUCAUUUACAGUCCUUAUUGCUUUUUUUACACUAUGAGGACUGACAUUUGCCCAAAAUUUAACUGCAGCUCCUCUAUACAGCCUCCUACGCACACA